CUUUAUCGAACAAACUGAUAAAGUAAUUUAAUUAUUUACUAAAUUAAUAUUCUACUAUCAUUAUAGAAUUUAUUUCACAGUGUUAUUGCAUUAAAGUCAAGUUUAUUUUUAUAAAUUUCUCCAUUUCCAAGACCGAGGACCUGUAGGAUUAUAAACGCCGGCAUGAUUUAUUUUAGAAAUGUCAGAGAUAAAGUAUAAACAACAGAUUUUAGCUGCUAUAGAUCAUUUACGUUCACGUAAAUCCCGCCCAGAUAUUAAUAGAAUUUGCAAAUUUAUGUUAAAGUGUUAUAAAGUAGCACCAAAAGAUACUAAGGCUGAUCUAAAACGUUGCUUGAAAGAAAAAAGCAUAUUUAAAGUUGAUUACAAAGAUAAUGUAAGCUAUAGGAACGCUGCUAAGUGGCGGAAAAAAUCAAGUCGGAAUAGCGAAAUGGCAAAUUCAUCAGCAACAAGUGAAAGAAGAAUAAUUACAUCUGCAAUUGCUACUCUUAUAUAUCAAGACCAAAGCUAUUUAGAAAAUGGCAUAGCAUUUGAAGAUCUUGUCAGAGCUGCAGCAUCUCAAGAAUCCAAGUAUUCAAAGAAAGAACUUGAAAAUAUAAUUAACAAGGAGUUGUCUUCGGGCAGCCUGGUAAAACUACAUAAUGGAAAUUUAGCCCUUGGUCCUGCAGACCAUGAUGGUGACAGCUCAGACAGCUUUAAAUUUGAGUACAGUGUAGAUUCUAAUACAAAGAUGACUUCCUCAGCCAAUUCAUCAUGUCGUUCGUCACCUCAACGAAUGAGAGGAAGACCUAAAAAGCGUGGUGGUGGCACUAGCAAUGGAUUAAACAUUGUUACAACACGCAACUCAGCAGUUCGUGUUGGCGAAAGACGAAAAAUGGCUAAGAAAGUCUUUGAUCCCUCAGAUAAUAAUGUACCCAGCAAACGUAAAAGAGGUAGACCUGUAGGCUCACUUAACAAAAGCACAAUAAAAAAACGUUUGUUGGGUGCUGGUAAUCAGCAAAAACCAGACAAGGAAGGUACUCCAUUAUCUGAAAGUCAACUGUCUGUAGAUGGAAGUGCUGAUGAAUUAGAACAAGAUGAACCAAUGCCUCAUGAGACUUCAGGAGUUUGCUCUGUAUGCCACAUUCAAAAACCUAGGGGUUCUAAUGAUAGACUGGUUGAAUGCCGUGAUUGUAACAAUAAAGCUCACUUAAGCUGUCUGCAGUCUGGUUCUGGAAUAUUAAAACCUCGCCCCGAUAAUACAUGGCAAUGUCCACAUUGCAAGACCUGUCUUGUUUGUUGUGAAACUAAUGAUGCUGGGAUACUAACAGUCUGCAGUAUAUGCUCAGAUGCUUAUCAUGCUUUAUGCCAUACUCCAAGAAUACCAGAACGAUUAAAAGCCUGGGACCAAUGGGAGUGCAACAACUGCCUUAAAUCGCGACCUGUACUAAUGGGAUCACCUGGAAUCAUACCUGGUAUUGAAUAUGAAUCACAUAAUUCACCUAUGAUAGAUCCAUUUUUAAAACCUCAUGAAAUGGAUAGGGCGCAAUCAAAAUUAGGAGAUCUACCAAUAGAUCCAAGCAUACCAGAUAUAACAAACUGGACUACUGAAGAUGUAUAUGAAUAUUUUAUGACAAAUUUUCCAGAAGCUGCUCCAAUUUUAAAAGAACAGGAAUUUGAUGGGCAAGCCUUAAACAUGGCGCGGCGAGCAGACAUAGUAAUAGGUUUAGGUCUUCCGCUUGGCCCAGGACUUGCAUUAUAUCGUAUUGUUGUGAAAUUGCAAACAAGAAAAGAUGAUUGGACUAUGUGCUGGGGUUAACUUAAUAUUGUUAUUAGAGAAUUAAGGAAAAACUUAUCUAUUUUAUAUGCUUACAAAUAAAAUGCUUUCAUCCUGUCAGAUACUAAUUCUUACAUUUUAUUCAUGUUGGA